GUGUUCGGUCUGGGUAACAGCAUGUACACAUAUUACAAUGCUUGUGGAAAACUCAUCGAUCGCAUUCUACGGAAACACGGUGCUAAGCGUUUCUACCGGCUAGGGUUGGGCGAUGAACUUAGUGGAAUGGAGUAUACAUUUCUAGAUUGGCAAACCGGACUUGUUAAUCAAUUGAUGGACUACUUUUCAUUGAAUGUAGCCGAGAGGCCUAAUCAACUUCCAUCUUCAAGAUUAUAUAGGAGCGUCCCGGUCGAGCGACAUUUUUGGAAGAAAACAAAGUAUUUCAGCGGGGAGCCGAGAUUCAUAGGCUCGUAUUCAAAUCAAGUGCCUCCAUUCACUGCAGAUAAUCCAUUCCUGGCACCGGUUCAAGUCAACAGAGAGUUGCACAAAUCCGGAACACGAUCUUGUCGGCACAUCGAGUUGGAUUUGCGUGGAUCCGGUCUACGAUACGAAACCGGAGAUCAUGUGGCUGUGCUGCCAUGGAACUCUGAAGCGUUAGUGAAUCGGAUUGGAAUGCUUUUAAAUAUUGAUCUGGAUCACCCAAUUUCUCUGCUCGCGGUUGAUUCUUUGAACCCCUGCCAGCAACCAUUCCCGUCCCCUUGCACCUACCGGACGGCAUUUACACACUACGUGGAUAUCACUGGACCUCCGAGGAUGAAUACGUUACGUGUCGCUUCCCAUUACGCAAAGGAUACCAAAGAAUCAGACCGAUUGUAUUUACUCGGAAGCAGCUCUCCCACUGGAAAGGAAAUAUAUUCACAAUGGAUUUUGGAGCAACGGCGUUCAAUUAUUGAUAUCCUGGAAGAAUUCACCUCGCUGGCGAUUCCGGCGGAUGUUUUGCUCGAGCGACUGCCCCGACUGAAACCGAGGCUUUACAGCAUAUCUUCCUCGGCCCAAGUAUAUCCGGACACUGUGCACCUGGCCUGUGCUGUCGUUCGGGAGUAUACACCCGCUGGUAAUCCUGUUCUCGGUUUCUCCUUAUUCAAUGACCGUAGCAUGACUGUAACCACAUCACCCCACCAGAUCGCAAUCACACACUGA